CAGACAGGUACCUGAUAGCUACGCCAUGAUUUACUUGUGCUGUAUUUCCUCAUGGGACCUUUAUCCAUUUGUCACUCCAAAGGAGAUUAAAUUCGUACCACCGUCUUCUGCUCUCUCUUUGUCCUUUUUACAGAAGGUAUUUAGUUCAACAAAUAUAUUCAGGCAUACGGACAGAGUAAAUACAUUUAUGGCUUUGAAAAGAAGGGCGCUUGUGAGAUUAUGUUUUUAGAUGCGUGUAGAAACAAGAACGCCAUGUUUACCUCCCACGAAAAAUCCGAAAUUUCAGGAUUUUGGGGUGGAUGCUUUCUUAAUUUCUUAUGCGAUGGCCUCUUGCAAGAUAUUUUGUGACUAUAUGAUAUUGUCUCUGAAUUGAUGCAGUUUCAUAUCUCGGCGGCGAGCAGUGAACCCAGAGCCACGUACAUCAGAUUAUAUGAGAUUGUCAUAGUUGACUGAUUAAUACAUAGCACUUUGUCAUUUUAACGGAGUU